AUGUACAGGAUGUCAAUCCAAGAGAACACCAUCAUCUAUUCAUGCCAAACUUCAACUCUAGAUAGUUGUCCUGUAAUCCUACGGCUCUUAGUAAAAACGUCACUAAACCUAGACAAGUUCUAUAUAAUAAUGUCAGACGCAACCACCAAGAAGCUCAUGGAAGAAAUUGCUCGACUUGAGGCGGACCUAAAAACGCUUGAACCCUCUUGUACCACGUCUGAAGCUGCUAAAAAAGUCGCCGAGUAUUGUCAAAACACGCCAGAUCCAUUUCUUGGAGAAAACAACAGUGAGCCAAAUCCGUGGCACCACAGUGGACAGAGCAGUGGUAGUUGCAGCAUCCUGUAG